UACCUUCACAGAGAGAGUUCCCCAAGUUUUUUACCUUCAGAGCCAGGGACAAGAUGAACGGAGGGACGGAUGGACGAGUGGAACUAUUUCAGUUCGAGGAGGAUCGCAUUUACCGGCACCUGGAGCCAGCGCUGGCCUUCCAGCUGGAGCUGAACCGCAUGAGGAACUUCGCCCUCACCGCCAUCCCCUGCGCCAACCACAAGAUGCACCUGUACCUGGGCGCUGCCCGUGUGGAGGUGGGCGCAGAAGUCACAGAUUACCGCUUCUUUGUACGGGCAAUCAUCCGCCACUCGGACCUGGUCACCAAGGAGGCUUCGUUCGAGUACCUUCACAACGAGGCAGAGCGCCUCCUGCUGGAGGCCAUGGAUGAGCUGGAGGUGGCCUUCAACAACACCACGGUCCGCACGGACUGUAACCACAUCUUUCUCAACUUUGUGCCCACGGUCAUCAUGGACCCCUCCAAGAUAGAGGAGUCUGUCCGCUCCAUGGUGAUGCGUUACGGCAGCCGGCUGUGGAAGCUGCGGGUGCUGCAGGCCGAGCUGAAGAUCAACAUCCGGCUGACGCCCACGGGACGGCAGAUUCCCAUCCGCCUCUUCCUCACCAACGAGUCGGGCUACUACCUAGACAUCAGCCUCUACAAGGAGGUCACGGACUCGCAAACGGCCCAGAUCAUGUUUCAGGCGUAUGGGGACAAGCAGGGCCCCCUGCACGGCAUGCUCAUCAACACGCCCUACGUCACCAAGGACCUGCUGCAGUCCAAGCGCUUCCAGGCCCAGUCGCUGGGUACCACCUACGUCUAUGACUUCCCGGAGAUGUUCCGGCAGGCUCUGAAGAAACUGUGGCAAUCCAUGGACACCUACGCUCAUCUGCCCCCCUGCCCCCAGCCUUCGGACCUGCUUACCUUCCAGGAGCUGGUGCUGGAUCCCCAGGGGCAGCUGGUGCACAUGAACCGCCUACCGGGGGGGAAUGAGAUCGGCAUGGUAGCCUGGUGCAUGACCCUGCGCACCCCCGAGUACCCGGCGGGCCGUGACAUCAUCGUCAUCGCCAACGACAUCACGCACAAGAUUGGCUCGUUCGGGCCGCAGGAGGACGCCCUCUUCCAGCAGGCGUCGGCGCUGUCCCGCGAGCGCGGCGUGCCGCGCAUCUACGUGGCGGCCAACAGCGGGGCCCGCAUCGGCUUGGCGGAGGAGAUCCGGCACAUGUUCCAUGUGGCCUGGCAGGACCCCAGCGACCCCUACAAGGGGUUUAAGUACCUGUACCUGACUCCCCAAGACUAUAAGAAGGUGUCUGCCCUGAACUCUGUCCACUGCGAGCACGUGGAGGAUGAGGGCGAGUCCAGGUACAAGAUCACUGACAUCAUCGGGAAGGAGGAGGGGCUCGGUGUGGAGAAUUUGCGUGGAUCUGGGAUGAUCGCAGGAGAGUCUUCGCUGGCCUAUGAAGAGGUCAUCACCAUGAACCUGGUCACCUGCAGGGCCAUCGGCAUCGGAGCUUACCUUGUGAGGCUGGGGCAGAGAACCAUUCAGGUGGAGAACUCCCACAUCAUCCUGACGGGGGCUGGGGCUCUCAACAAGGUCAGUGCUGGGGCUCGCUGGGUCCCUGGUGGAAGGUUUUAUGCAGGUUUGUUACUGCACACUGUCCACUUCCUGGUUGAUUGUGGCCCUCUGAGUAGCUCAGAGUGUCAUGGGAUUCUCUGGAAAGAUGCAGCUGACCUGAAGUUUGGGUUGUCAUGGAGACAUGAUGAUGCAACCAGGCUAAGAAUCAGUUUGUCUGUAAUGUGCCAGCUGGGACAUCUCAUGGAUUAUUUGUGUGAAACUUCAUUUAUCACCUAAUUAUCCAGUGGUGUAAACCCUGAGUGUGCCUGUGUUUAAAGUACGUGAGGAAUCGGUAAAUUAUCCACGCUCCCUAAGCCCAGGGACUGUAUGCAAAUGGUACAGUUUCUAUUUGUCCUUCUCGUGUGUGUGUGUGU